CGGCCCGCUGUGUUUGGAGUACACGGAGAGAGAGAGGAAGCAACAUGGCGACUGCGAGCGACCCGAAGCGGGACGCCGGCCAUUCGCUUUGAGCUUUCUUGCGGUAACCGAGUCCGUGGCUUCACUGAACUACUGCAUCCGUAUUUCUGCGAGUUUAGCUUUCCGUCGGUGCCUGAAAAUUCGAGUUGUCUGCACUUCCGGUGCGCGCUAGGACUGAGAAAGAAAAGAAUAGGUUUUUCUAUGUGUAAUGAGGGGGAGAAGAGGCAGGCCGCCCAAAACCCUGCUGAUGCAGGAGCCUUCUCCAGGGCCGGUGCGCGGUCUCAGACCCCGCAAAGGAUUAAAGGGGAAGGGGAGAGGGUGCAGCGACGACGAUUUUGUGACACCCAAGCGGGGAAACCCUCAUUCAUCGCGGGGGAAGAGGAAAGCUGGAUCCGCGGCAUCGCGGGGUAGAGGCAGGGGCAGAGGAGCUGGAAGAGGCAGGGGGAGACGGAGCGCCGCUAGCGCCGUGGUUUACGAUGACCACGAGAGCGAUGAAGACGAGGAUGCGGUGAGUUUAGCCUCAGAGGAGGAUGAAUUCGUUGAAGAAGAGCCUCUCACGGAGGAAGAAGAUGAGGUCGUCGACAACGAGUCGGACUACCUCGACGAGCUGCCCGAGGAUGAUGAUGAUGAUGCCAGCUACUGCACGGAGAGCAGCCACGGCAGCACUCCAGGCCGGAGGAGACGACGAGCCCGUCGGCCACCCUCUCCCGUCCUGGAGCAGAAAGAGAUCCCUCCCCUGGAGCUGCCGAAGUCCUCCGAGGACCUCCUCAUCCCCCCUGAGCAGCUCCUGAACGCUUCGGCCGUGUACGAGGUGCUGCGCACUUUCAGCACAGUGUUGCGUCUCUCACCUUUCCGCUUUGAGGACUUUUGCGCAGCGGUGGCGGGCCAGGAGCAGUGCGCGCUGCUGGCCGAGACACACAUAGCGUUGCUGAAGGCCAUCCUGCGUGAGGAGGACUCAUCCAACACCACGUUUGGGCCGGCUGACCUUAAGGACAGCGUCAAUUCUACUCUGUACUUUGUGGAUGGCAUGACGUGGCCCGAGGUGGUGCGAGCGUACUGCGAGAGUGAAGCCGAGUAUGGCGGCGCUGCACUCGAGCACCUGGAGGCUGAGGAGUACCCGUACGGGCCGCUGGAGAGCAAGGUGAAGGUGCUGCAGUUCCUUGUGGACCGCUUUCUCACCACGAACAUGGCGCGCGAAGAGCUGAUGAGCGAAGGAGCCGUGCAGUACGACGACCACUGCCGCGCGUGCCACCGCCUCGGUGACCUGCUCUGUUGUGAAACGUGCUCAGCCGUCUACCAUCUGGAGUGCGUGCGGCCACCUCUGGAGGCCGUGCCCGAAGAUGAGUGGCAGUGUGAGAUAUGUGUAGCACAUCGCGUGCCCGGCGUCAGCGACUGCGUCACAGAGGCCCAGAGGAGCCGCCCGUACCUGCGGCAGGAGCCCAUCGGCUACGACCGGCACCAGCGGAAGUACUGGUUCCUCAAUCGCAGGGUUAUUGUCGAGGAGGAUGGUGAAGAGGAAGGGAAGAAGAUCUGGUACUACAGCACCAAAGUGCAGCUGGGGGAGCUUAUUGAGGUCCUGGAUAAGGAAUUCUGGGAGAAUGACCUCUGUGCUAUGCUGGAGGAGCUGAAGGAGGAGAUCCACACACACAUGGACAUCACGGAGGACCUGACCAACAAGGCUCGCGGCAACAACAAGGCCUACCUCACUGUCGCCAACGAUGAGAUUUUGGAAAGGCAGAAGGCUCAUCAGGAGGAGCUCGAUGAAGCGAAGCGGAAAGCUGCCGAGAAGGACAGCCUUGGGUCAAAGGUCAAUGAAGGUUCUGAGGGUGAUAACCCAGCCUCAUCAAUUGCCGAUUUGUCGUCUCCACGACCAGACUCUGAAGAUGGGAAUUCGGCCAGUGACAAGCUUGCUGCUGAUGCCCCAGCUCCUUCUGCUAGUGAAGAGAGUAACGGUGCUUCUGGGCGCCCUCAGGCCGACUCAUCUGGCCCCUCUAAAGCCGACCCUCCGUCCUUAUCUGCAGCAGAGGACCCUGGGGAACGGGUGCAGAAGGAAUGGGCAGAAAAAAGCUCGGAGUCGGGUUGCGGAGGCAACGGCGAGCCUGUCCUGGAGAGCGAGCCACCGCAGAUUGCUGAUGAGAACAGCUGCAGCAGUCACUUCUCAGUUUCCGAGUGCUUGAGGGCUCCUGAGGAGCCUGACCUCGCAGACCGCUCUUCUCAAUCCUCUCUUAACAGCCAGGACGAUGCCGGUGAGGGUAAAGGAAAUGGCGACGGUGGAAAGACAGGGUCGGCGACUCGCAUGGUGACACGUCUCCGAAACCCGGACAGCAAGUUAAGCCAGCGCAAGGUCAUGCAGGACAAGGAUGCCAGCUCACAGGACAGCAAAGCACUUAAAGAGACUCCUCUUCUGUCCAGCUUGGUCAGGAAAGAUCUAGGCCCGAAGACCGGCUCCAGCAGCGGCUUCUUCAAGCUUGGCCAAGAGGGCAAAUUCCGCGUCUACCACAACCAGUACAGCACAAACGCUCUGGCACUUAACAAACACCAGCACCGCGAGGACCAUGACAAGCGACGGCACCUCUCCCACAAGUUCUGCAUGACGCCUGCCGGCGAGUUCAAGUGGAAUGGCUCAGUGCACGGCUCGAAAAUGUUGACCGUGUCCACGCUGAGGCUUACCAUUAUCCAGCUGGAGAACAACAUCCCUGCACCUUUCCUGCAUCCCAAUUGGGCAUCACACAGGUCCAACUGGAUAAAGGCUGUCCAGAUGUGCAGCAAAGCGAGAGAAUUUGCCCUGGCAUUGGCCAUCCUGGAGUGUGCAAUCAAACCAGUGGUCAUGCUCCCAGUGUGGAAGGAUUCUCUCGGUCACACAAGGCUCCAUCGAAUGACCGCUAUGGAGCGGGAGGAGAAGGAGAAGGUGAAAAAGAGAGAGAAGAAGCUGGAGGAUGAAGAGACGAUGCAGCAGGCGACAUGGGUGAAAUACACUUUCCCCAUUAAGCACCAGGUGUGGAAACAGAAGGGCGAGGAGUACAGAGUGACUGGUUAUGGUGGCUGGAGCUGGGUCAGCAAGACCCAUGUCCCACGCUUUGUCCCUCGAUUACCUGGAAACACAAACGUCAACUACCGAAAAGCACUUGAAGCUGCUAAUACUGGCAAGGAUAGUCAGACAUCCUGCCCAGAGAAAUCCCAAAACCCAAUCCCUGAAACCCCAAAGCAACACUCCUCUAGAGAGGAGCAAACACUCAAAGAGGAGGAUGAACAAAAGGGAGAAAAGAUGGAGGUAGAUGAGAAGGCUGUGGCUAAGAGUGAUGAGCUUAACAUAAAUGAAGCCUCUGAAAAGAUGGACACGAGCACCCCCGACAUCACUGGCCCCAGUGAAGAAAAAGUUAUGAAAUGCACAGCCUCACCUUUGAAGAAUGAUCAGUGUGUGAAAGGGGAAUCUAUUGAUUGCAAAGAGUCCAAAGUCAGUGCAGCAGUUCAGCCUCCAGCGUCAUUUGAAGAUGUAGUUAAUGUCAGCCAGGGUUUUCAGCAGCGCACAGCUUACAAGAAGAAGGGCAAAGGAUCAAAGCUGGAUGGUCUUCUGGAGCGGCGGGUCAAGCAGUUCACAUUGGAGGAAAGGCAUAGACUUGAGAAGCUGAAGCAAGUUGCUGCCUCGAAACCCGCCACUGAAAAUGGGACAAAGGUUCAGGAGAAGACCAGUCCAUCUCUGAACCAAGAGCUUAAAACUGAAGGACCUUCUUUUCAAGCUACAAAAACGGUUCUUUCUAAUAAGGCAGCAAACCCAAUGGUGAAGGAAAAAGACCCUGUAGUACAAAAGCUUGAGUUUGACCAAGAUGAGCCAGUGAUGCAUGGUUCUUCGGAACAGACUGAAAAUCUUGAUGUCAGACUGGGGUCCAAUGUAAAGACUGAAGCAGCUGCAUCUCUUGCAGACAAAGAACCGAAAGUAGCACCAGAACCAGAGCACAAAACAGGCAAUGGCACAUUAUUAACCGACGCUGAGCUUAAUGGAGGCUCUCGGAAAGAUCUGGAAGGCAGCCUUAACUUAAACAGCAAAAUGGCAUGUCUGAAAUUUGAGGGUACAGAGAAGAAGGAUACAGCCAAAAACAGUUCUUCCAUGGGAGAGAAUGGCUUAAGUGUAGAAACAAACUUGCCAGUGCAUGUCAAUGGCAGUGAUGGUUCGAUGGACUCUCCGUCCACUAAUCUGACCAAUAAUAUCAACUCGAAAGAAAUGAAGCAGAGUGAAGAGGAGGAGACAAAAAUGCUUCCCUCCAAGGAUCCCGUAAAAUCGCUAAUGAAUGGUGACCUGAUUCAAGGCAGCCAGAACGAGAAAGUGCAGCCUAAUGAAGAAACACAGAUGGACAAGUCUGACUUGGAGUAUCUGCCUUCUCAGAAGGUUGCCAGACUGGACAGUAACACUGAGGGCAUAGCUGACUCUGCUAUUAGUUCUACUCCCUCCCAACUUUCCCCAGCAGAAACUGUAAAGUCAGACGGGCUUAGUAGCAGUACCAAGGUAUCACCAAUGGAGACUGAAGAGGCCAAGUUGAAAACUCUCAGCCCGUCGCCUAUUCUGUCAACUGAGGAGUCCAGCCUAAGCAGUGAUGUUGCUGAGAAUAGCACUAACAGUGGUAGUGGGGCCAAGACCAUAAUAACGGAAGUCACCACUACCACCACUACAACCACUACAGUGUCUACCGAGUCGCACGUUCUGGAAGCAUCCAGCUUGCCUGAUGGUACCACUAUCAGUAAAGUUCCUUCAACAUUGACAUCAGCUGAACCGAAAGUGGAAUCCAGCAUGUCAGUCUCUACUCUUUCCACUACAACCACCACCAAAGUAACCAAGGUUACAAACCCAACCCUUGGAGCUAAAGUUACAGAGCAGAGCAAGACCAUUGUCACUGCAACGUUUACUGAUGCUAAAUCAGCACCCUCAAGUACCUCUCUGACCUCAGUCACACUGAGUAAGGAGAUCUCUACCAGAGACAGAGUGCGGUUAUUGAAGUUCUCCCGCUGCAAGAAGACCCGGUCUGGUACGGCUCUGCCUUCGUAUCGCAAGUUCGUAACAAAGAGCAGCAAGAAGAGCAUUUUCGUGCUUCCCAAUGAUGACUUAAAGAAGCUUGCGAGGCGAGCAGGUAUCCGUGAGGUGCCUGUCUUUAAUUACAAUGCCAAGCCAGCUGUAGACAUCUGGCCCUAUCCGUCCCCAAGGCCCACAUUUGGAAUCACAUGGAGGUACCGGCUUCAGACAGUAAGGUCUUUGGCUGGAGUGAGUCUGAUGUUACGCUUGCUUUGGGCUUGCCUCAGGUGGGAUGAUAUGUCAGUGAAGCCCUCUGCUGCUGUUGGAACUACACGCACAGAAACAUCUGACACUGAGAUAACGACAACUGAGAUUAUUAAGCGAAGAGAUGUGGGGCCUUAUGGUAUCCGCUCAGAGUAUUGCAUCAGGAAAAUUAUUUGCCCCCUUGGUGUGCCUGAGGCUCCCAAAGAGACCCCCACACCCCAAAGAAAGGGUCUGCGCUCAAGUGCUCUACGACCAAAGAAACCAGAGCCCUCUAAGCAGACAGGGCCUGUUGUGAUAGAGAACUGGGUGCCAGAGGAGGAGCUGGAACUGUGGGAGAUACGAGCCUUUACUGAAAGGGUUGAGAGGGAAAAGGCACAAGCAACAGACCCAACUAAGGUUAGUGUACAGAAGACCGCUGAGGAGGUCAAGGCCCAGUUGGAAGCUCAACUAAAGCAACAGAGAUUGGCAGCCCAGCAGAAACGUUUGGAGCAGCAAAAAACUGGAGGAACCACAACCCAAUCCAACGUGAGCAGCACACCUACCAGCACUGCAUCGUCCACCCAGAAGGUGGUGGUAGGUUCUCUGACCAGUCCAGUCACCCCUGCGACAAAAGUGGUACUUGCCACCAAGUUAGGUACUCCGGUGCAAUUUCAGCAGGGCAAGAACUUCCAGCAGUCCUUUGCCUCCUGGGUCAAGCAGGGCCAAAGCAAUACAGCCUCCACUACUUCCGUUACCACAGUGGUGGCGAGUAGCGUCAGCACAUCUGGGCAAACGUUCCAGAUCGCUGCUGCGUCAGGCUUGAUGACUGGCAAUGUCAUCACCGCCAAACUGCCUCUUCCGGCCAACAGCAAGAUAGUCACAGUGAACGUGCCAACCACGCAAGGAGGUGUUGUCCAGGUGCAGCAGAAGGUUGUGGGCAUCAUUCCAUCCAGUACAACAGCCACGGCUCAAUCAUACACCUCAUUCCAGCCUCGUUUGGGCAGUGUCAACAUCCGACCCAACACCAGCACCUCCACACAGCAGGGCACCACUACUGGAACCCCUCUCCGGCCUGGGAUGACGGUGGUCCGUUCGCCCCUCCAACAGGCCACUACUUUGGGCAAGACCAUCAUACGCGCACCCCUGAUGGUUCAACAAGGUCAGGGUCAGCAGGUGGUAACUCAGAUCAUCCGAGGAACGCCUGUAUCAAAGGCUGUGAGCAGCGGUACCCCAACGCAGGUGGUGGGUUCUCCUCCGCGACCCUCCACUCCUGGACAGCCCCAGACUCCACAGACCCCCAGCAGCACCCGACCACAGCAAGGCCAAGUUAAACUCACCCUGGCUCAGCUAACGCAGCUCACACAAGGAGCACAGGGUGGGAAUCCAGGUUUGACUGUGGUGAUCCAGGGUCAGGGGCAGACCACAGGGCAGCUGCAGGUCAUCCCACAGGGUGUAACGGUGAUCCCAUGUCCUGGUCAGCAGCUCAUGCAGGCAGCUAUGCCAAAUGGCCAGGUCCAGCGCUUCCUCUUCACUCCUAUGCCACCAGCACCAGCUACUCCAGCUCCUACUGUAUCCGCACCCAGCACCUCAGCAACUCCCGCUAGCAGCAGCCCAGCUACCACCACCACCGCCGCGGUACCUACAAUGCCAACGCGGCCAGCAAUACAACCUGCAGCCCAGUUCUCACCAAUCACCCAACCCUCCAGCCUUCCCUCAUCUCCACCCUCUCUUUCUAAACCCCAACCUACGUUACAGCCAGCCAGCACAUCUCAAACAACAUCUGCUCCAGUUCCUACUCUCCAAACUCAGUUUUCUUCAGCACAGGCCCUGCUGCAACCACAAUCCCAAAUCCAACCCCAAACUCAGUCACAACCACAAAGCCAGUCCCAAGCCCAACUACAUCAAACCCAGCCACAAGCCAAAACCCAACCACAACUUCAAAGCCAGCUCCAGCAACAACCGCAAAUCCAGACUCAACCUCAACUUCAAGCCCAGUUGCAGUACCAAGUUCCAUCACAACCCCAAUCACAGCUCCAAAUCCAGUCUCAACAGCAGCUCCAACCACAACCUCCACAGCAAGCAAAGCUCCAACCCCUGCAGCAGCUUCAACCUCAGCAGCUGACUCAAGCACAGCCACAAUUUCAGACCCAACAGCAACUCCAAUCCCAACUCCAACAGCAGCCCCAACCCCAGGUACAACUUCAGCCUCAACAGCAGCCCCAUCCCCAGGCACAACUUCAGCCUCAGCAGCAGCUCCUGCCUCAAAAGCAGCUCCAACCCCAGAUACAACUUCAGCCUCAACAGCAGCCCCAUCCCCAGGCACAGCUUCAGCCUCAACAGCAGGCACAGCUUCAGCCUCAACAGCAGGCACAGCUUCUGCCCCAACCCCAGGCACAACUUCAGCCUCAACAGCAGCCCCAACCCCAGGCACAACUUCAGCCUCAACAGCAGCCCCAACCCCAGGCACAACUUCAGCCUCAACAGCAGCCCCAACCCCAGGAACAACUUCAGCCUCAAGAGCAGCCACAACCCCAGGCACUUCAUCUUCAAAAGCAAACCCAACCCCAGCUGCUACUGCAGUCUCAACAGCAACUCCAGCCUCAACAGCAAUCCCAGCUCCAUCUUCAGCCUCAACAGCAAUCCCAGCUCCAUCUUCAGCCUCAACAGCAGCUCCAGCCACCGCUUCAGUCCCAACAGCAGCUCCAGCCACCGCUUCAGUCCCAACAGCAGCUCCAGCCACCGCUUCAGUCCCAACAGCAGCUCCAGCCACCGCUUCAGUCCCAACAGCAGCUCCAGCCACCGCUUCAGUCCCAACAGCAGCUCCAGCCACCGCUUCAGUCCCAACAGCAGCUCCAGCCACCGCUUCAGUCCCAACAGCAGCUCCAGCCACCGCUUCAGCCCCAACAGCAGCUCCAGCCACCGCUUCAGCCCCAACAGCAGCUCCAGCCACCGCUUCAGCCCCAACAGCAGCUCCAGCCACAGCUUCAGCCCCAACAGCAGCUCCAGCCACCGCUUCAGUCCCAACAGCAGCUCCAGCCACCGCUUCAGUCCCAACAGCAGCUCCAGCCACCGCUUCAGUCCCAACAGCAGCUCCAGCCACCGCUUCAGUCCCAACAGCAGCUCCAGCCACCGCUUCAGUCCCAACAGCAGCUCCAGCCACCGCUUCAGUCCCAACAGCAGCUCCAGCCACCGCUUCAGUCCCAACAGCAGCUCCAGCCACCGCUUCAGUCCCAACAGCAGCUCCAGCCACCGCUUCAGUCCCAACAGCAGCUCCAGCCACCGCUUCAGUCCCAACAGCCGCUCCAGCCACCGCUUCAGUCCCAACAGCCGCUCCAGCCACAGCCUCAGUCCCAACCGAAACCCCAACUCCAUCCUCAGCUGCAACAUCAGAUUCAACAGCCACAACUCCUGCCUCAACAGCCUUCUCGUGUCCAACCCCAGCCACAACUACAGCCCCAAACUCAAUCUCAUAUGCCUACUCAAACCCCAGUCCAGCCCACUUCCCCCUUACCUGUUUCUCCUGUAGCCCAAGUGACUCCCCCCCCAACACAGGUAGCCUCCAUUGCUGUAGCCCCACAGGUAACCCAGACCACGGUAACUCAGGUUCGGCCUCAGAUCCAGCUCCCUGCCCAGCUUCUUAAUGUUCCAGGGAUCCAGCAGCAAGUUCUGUCCCACAUCCAGAACCAAGUGGCACAGCUCCAGGCCCAGGCCCAGCAUGGUACCCUUCCCCAGCAGAUCAAACUGCAGCUGCCUAUCCAGAUCCAGCAGCAGGGUGGAGGCCAAGUGCAGACGCAUCAGAUCCAGAAUGUGGUGACUAUUCAGACAGCCAGUGUCCAGGAGCAACUCCAGCGCAUCCAGCAGCUGCGAGAUCAGCAGCAGCAGAAGAAGAAGCAGCAAGAGGCUAAGAGGGAGCAGGCUCAACAGGCUGCCAGUCAGAGUGAGCUGCUGCAGAAGCAGGUGGUCAUGAAACAGAAUGCAGUCAUAGAGCACUUAAAGCAGAAGAAAGCCAUGACGCCUGCAGAGAGGGAGGAGAAUCAGAGGAUGAUUGUGUGUAACCAGGUGAUGAAGUUCAUACUGGAUAAGAUCGACAAAGAUGAAAAGCAGGCAGCCAAAAAGCGGAAGCGGGAGGAGUCGGUGGAGCAGAAACGCAGCAAACAGAACGCCAGCAAGCUUUCGGCUCUGCUCUUUAAACACAAAGAGCAGCUGAAAGCGGAGAUCCUGAAGAAGAGAGCACUGCUAGAUAAGGAGUUACAGGUGGAGGUGCAGGAGGAGCUGAGGAAAGAUCUGAGCAAGCUGAGGAGAGAGAAGGAGAAAGCCCAGGUGGCAGCAUCUCAAGCAGCUGCCACAGCCAUUAGUGUUCAGGCAGCCUCACUCUCCACACACUUCUCCACGGUCACUUCGCCACCCUCCAGUCAUAAACGCAAACGAGACGAGGAACGCGAUGCAGCCUUGUCUAAGAGCAAGAAGAAGAAGAUGAUCUCCACCUCAUCGAAGGACAGCAAGAGAGACACAAAACUGUACUGUGUAUGCAAAACACCCUACGACGAAUCCAAGUUUUAUAUUGGCUGUGAUCUCUGUUCAAACUGGUACCAUGGUGAGUGUGUGGGCAUUACAGAGAAGGAGGCCAAGAAGAUGGAUGAUUACAUCUGUAUGGAAUGUAAAAGAGCACAGGAAGGCAGCUCAGAGGAGCUCUACUGCAUCUGCAGAACACCAUACGAUGAGUCCCAGUUCUACAUUGGCUGUGACCGCUGCCAGAACUGGUACCAUGGACGCUGUGUGGGCAUUCUGCAGAGUGAGGCGACUCACAUUGACGAAUAUGUGUGCCCUCAGUGCCAGUCUACGGAGGAGGCCAUGACCGUCCUGUCCCCGCUCACAGAUAAGGAUUAUGAGGGUUUGAAGCGAAUCCUCCGCUCCUUACAGACCCACAAAAUGGCAUGGCCGUUUCUGGAACCAGUGGACCCUAAUGAUGCUCCAGAUUACUAUGGGGUCAUAAAGGAACCAAUGGAUCUUUCCACAAUGGAACAGAGGGUACAGAAACGAUUUUACAGCAAGCUAACGGAAUUCGUAGCGGACAUGACCAAAAUUUUUGACAACUGCCGCUACUACAACCCCAGCGACUCACCUUUUUACCAGUGUGCCGAGUUUUUGGAAUCGUUCUUUGUACAGAAGCUCAAAGCUUUCAAAGCAAGCAGAUUGAUGUCUUGAGUCUGACGUAUAGCUGGAAUCUAUGCUGAAGGGGUGGAGUUUCUCUUUUUUAUAGAUACUUGGAACUUGCUCUUUUAUGAGCAGCUGAAACUCCACACGAUUUUUUUUUUUUUUACGAUUUAAGUUAAUUCAGUAAUGUUUUUUUCAUCAACAGGGAGGGAAACCUCCCAUUAAAACCAAAAGUGUCCCGAGCAUGGCUUCAUUGACAAUCACAGAAUGGCAGCCAUGUUGUUAAACGAUGAACACAAGAGAUAUGUCUUAAGUGCAUACACGGUUAUUUUAAACCCUCUUGUUAAUAAUGAUCACGUAUUAGUAAGUAUGAUAUUUUAUUUGUAUAUGCCUAACAACAAUGCCUUGUUUUCCUCCAAUGUGUUUACUUUGGCACUGGUCAAAUAUUUUGUAUAUUUUAUUGUAAGAUGGAUUUGGAUUAGUCUCUUUAUGCAGCCUUUUCUGGUUCAUCCACUUGUCCUGGAUUAAUGUGUUUAUCAUGUGUUCUCAAAGGUGAACAAAUCUUUGCUCAUCAUUCAUCUGCAAUAUUUUGUCAGCCUAACAUUAAUAAAAAAGUUUGUAUUUAAGAUGUGUCUUUUGGGCAGAUUCUGGUUUUAAAUCCUUUUGUGAAGGAUUUUGUUAUUAAAAAAAAAAGGUGAUACUGAAUUGGAGAAUUGAAUAUUUUGUGUAAUGUUGCUAUACAGACAUAACCAUGACAUUUCAUUUCGUUUUGACUUAAAAAAAAAAAAAAAAACCUUUUUUUUUUUUUUUACUUUUUUUUUUUUUUUUUUUUUUUUUUUUUUUUAUAAACGGAAUGGAAAUUCAGAAAAGAUUUGGUUCUAGAAAUACUGCAAAAUGACAGAAGGGCUUUCCUUGGAGAUUUAUGCCAACAUGGCUGCCAUGUCCCUCCCAUAUCAUCACCCUCCGGGCAUUGCAUAUGCGUCCUUUAGCUGUCUGUCUCAUUUCAUUUAGUUCGUCUUGUUUUUUUUUUUCCCCUCGUGUCAUGUCCGCUGUUCAAUAAAAAACAUCAAACAGCUUCACUUCAGUUUGCUCUCUUUUGUAUUCUGUAGGUCUCAUAACAACAAACUACAGUCUUCAGCUUCGUAGAAUACAACCACACGUGGUGCUAACGCACGUCUCUAAAGGAUAUGUUUGGGGGGAGGGGGGAACUCUGGACAGUCGAUCCAAGGGAACCAGGCAUCUUCUAUGUCAGAGAUGCCCUACACAUUCUCCAUUUUCUUUCUCACUCAACCCAAACUGAUGGUUCUUGUCCAGUCGACCAGCAACGCACAUGACUGCAGUGUUUAAAGCAGCGUCUCUUUGACAUGCCCUGCUCUCUGACUGGAGUGAACAGGCAGUGGAGGGAUUACAUGAAGCAUUUUGUAACAUUUGUUACCUCAAAGCAAUGACUUUUGGAUGGAACGCCGUGUUUUUUUAAAAUCAUGUUUGCAUAAUCCAGGGUCCAGGUCUACAUAUACCUUUCAUGACAAUAGACAAUGACAUGUUUUCAUGUGAUGUGCAAGAAUUAGGUGGAGCCUGGACACGACUAACUGUGUUUGACAAGCAGUUGGUUUUGUGGUGGAUUAGAGUUCAGGAUGCCUGAAAGAGUAAACUUUAUUCAGAUGCAGGUUUUUAGCUGUUUCAUGCCGAGUGACUGAAGCAGCUGAACACCACGAUCAGUCUGGAGGCGUUCUGUUUGUAUGUCUCUUCUUCCUUUUUCUUUCUUUUUUUGUAAUACAGCUGAAGAAAUAUUGAUGUAUAUGAAUCGUAAAUAAAUGGAAAGGGUUCUCUUUCCCACACUGA